AUGUCCCAUUUUUGCUUUCAAUAUGGACAUCGGCCCAAGGAGCAGGCCAGACCCGUUAAUCCUGAAAUCCGUCAGUACUUCGACCCAGAUCUACCAAUCUAUGGCCCUUGGAAACUUUGGCAAACCAAGCCAGAGCUUCCUUCGACCGAAGAAAUCCUCGGAACAGAUAUACCGGGAGAUGUUGUUGCUCUUACCCCCAAUUUCAUUUCAGAACCUUGGGUUUCCAAGGAGGAAUACCUAGAGGCCCAUUAUGCAUUGAUCCGGGAAGACUCAGUUGCACCACUUCGAAAUGCUGUGGCCCGGGUUCGCGCUGAUCCUUUUAUGAAAGAUACUCCGGACGUCUCUAUCUAUGAGAAGGUCUUCGUUGUCGGUGUUACCCUAGCCCGCUCGGGUUUGGCGUUGCACAUCCAAUUCUCUACUCGCCGCGCGGGCAAAAACAUUGCCUGGACAUACUCAAACCGUCUUAAUCCUGGAGCAAUCGUUGCCUUAACCCCCAAGCGCAACGCAUUCUUGAGCAAAUGUGUUGUCGCUGUCGUGGCUUGUCGGCUGCUGGAAGCGGUUGAGAAAGACCCCCCAGAGGUCGAUCUCUUUUUGGCCUUGCCCGACGAUAUCGAGGUUGAUCCACAGCAAGAAUGGAUCAUGGUUGAGGCUCGAGCGGGAUAUUUUGAGGCAAACCGACACACCCUGACAGCACUGCAAAAGUUGUCAAAGGAAAGUUUUCCGUUGAACGAACACAUCUGCAGCUUGGCAGGAGACAUUGAUGCACCGGGGUACAUUAACACCGCCCCAAACAUGGACUUCAUGACAUUGUCUGAAGUCUCGUCACUCGAUAUCACCAGAAAAUACGACAUCCUCGAGCGAUGGCCCUCCCAGCCAAUGGGAAAGCUAGAUGCAUCCCAAUGGUCAGCCCUGAACCGAAUGUUGACUAAAAAGCUGGCCAUCAUUCAGGGUCCUCCUGGAACAGGCAAGACCUUCACCUCCAUCGCUGCUCUAAGGAUGAUGCUCUCAAACAAAGGGCCAAAGGAUCCACCGAUCAUUAUUACUGCUCAAACUAACCAUGCUCUCGAUCAACUGAUCAAGCAUAUCUCGGUGUUUGAGAAGAACUAUGUCCGGCUGGGUGGGAGAACUUCCGAUCCUGAAAUUCGCAAGCGCACCCCUUUUGAGAUCAGACAAAACCAAGGUCUAUUGACAAUUGAGGGAGGUUUGAUGACUCCAAUGAGAAAAAAACAAAACAAACUCGCGGCUGAGCUUGAUAAGCUCCUAAAACCACUUGCACCAUCAAACAACAGCAAUCCUCUUGCAGCAUCUCUAUUUUUGGAGCAUGAUCUUUUGAGCCAAGAACAGGUUGAUUCCUUGCAAGAGACCGCACAUAAAUGGCAGCAAUCCAACAUCCCUGCGAAUGCCGAUCCUUUGGCGGCUUGGCUUGCGGACUGCGUGAGGGAGUUUGACUCCGAAUACGACGGUGACUUCGGGUUCGUUGAUGAUGAUAUUGACCUGGAGUACGAGCAACUCAAGGAGAUCGAAGUCGAACAUGGAAGAUAUGAGGAUGACUGGUCGACUUUCAGAACCCGUUUUCUCCCACUAUCGCCUGGUCUUUGCAGCUCCAACACUGCCAAAGUCUCUCGGGCAACGGUUGAAAAUCUGCUGAAAGAGAAAGACCUUUACAACAUUCACAAGAGAUAUCGCGGUGCUGUUUAUGACCACUUACGUGGGCAGCUGAUCGCUAUCCUGGGAGAACAUGUGCAGCGCCUCGCUCAAGCUUACCAAGAUUGCUCGACCAAUUUCCAAAUUGGUAGAUUUGAACGGGACUACUGCAUUCUCCAGGAGGCUAAGAUCAUCGGCAUGACCACCACUGGCCUGAGUAAAUACAGAGGACUGGUCUCGAGUUUGAAUCCACGAGUCAUUUUGAUUGAGGAGGCAGCAGAGGUACUUGAGGCCCCAGUUGCAGUCGCUUGCCUUCCAUCACUUCAGCAUCUGAUUCUUGUUGGUGACCACCAGCAGCUGAAAGGUCAAUGUGCCGAGUAUGAACUGUGCGGCGAACCUUUUCACCUCGAUGUCUCUAUGUUUGAGCGUCUGAUGAUAAAUAAAAUGCCAUACGCCAUGCUCCAAGAGCAAAGACGAAUGGUGCCAGAGAUCAGAAAGCUUGUGGUCCCCAUUUAUGGGGAUCUUCUUCGUGACCAUCCGUCAGUUGAGGAUCACCCUUUUGUUCCUGGUAUGGGAGAUAAACGAUCCUUCUUUUUCGACCACACCGCGCACGAAAGCAACGACAGUCUGUUAUCAAAGGUGAAUGACUUCGAGGCAUCAAUGGUGGUUAAUCUACUUGCCUACCUUGUGAUGAACAAAGUUCCGGCAGCUAGUAUCACUGUUCUCACUUUCUACAAUGGCCAACGAAAGCUCAUCAUGCGAAAGAAGUCGCAGAAUCACAAUGUCUCUAAAUCAUACAUCAAUAUACUGACCGUAGACUCAUACCAAGGAGAAGAGAACGAUAUUGUUAUCCUCUCGCUUGUUCGAUCCAAUGAUCAUCGAGGUAUCGGCUUUCUCACACAGGACAACAGAGUCUGUGUUGCCUUGUCCCGCGCUAAAUACGGUCUUUACAUCUUUGGCAACGCACAAUGUGUUAGCAAACAUAGUGAUUUCUGGUAUGCUGUUACCAAUGUGAUGUCUGAAAAUCAGGAAGACCCCCGUAUUGGCCCAGCUCUACCUCUUUAUUGCACAAGACACAACCAAGAAACCCUCAUCGAAACUCUCAAGGACUGGAAUGCCAUCAGUGACGGUUGCAACAAGCCUUGUGGCAGGGAUUUGCCAUGCGGACAUCCAUGUCCCCGCAAGUGCCACGGUUCUGAGCAUGAUUGGGUGUCUUGCAAACAGCGCUGCCGUGAAAUUCGCGAGUGCUGCAGCACGCCCUGCAUUUGUGUGUGCUCUCCACCACACACCCAUGAUUGCUGGUGUGGGAUGGGUAAGGACAACAAAACCCAGGUCUUUGACGCCGGAUCCGACUGGGAUGACUUCGACCACGACGAUGAUGAUCGUGACGAGAAGAUCGGUCCCAUCACCCGGGACCGAGCCCCAAUCCGUGCCCCUACCUCCACCUCAGAGGACAAAGCAAUGCGGUAUGCUGAGGGUGUGCGCCGAUGGCAGGCAUUUGCGCAGGGUGGCGCCGUGUUGGAUGAUUAUCGUAGGGCUGGGCUGAUAGUUAGAGGGAAACGUCCUGAGAAAGAUGCCACGCCAGUUGAACAGAACGUGGUUGGUCCGGUCGAAGGAACCCUAAUCAACUUCGACGACGAUGACGACGACGACGACAAUGAUCGUCAGGCCGACGUUCCGGAUAUGGGGGAAGACGAACCUGCCGUCCAGGCCAGGGGAGACUUGGUUACGUAUGACGGGGCUGGUGAUGGUCUGGCCGAAGCUAUGGGUGAAAUACAAGACACACUUCCCGCUCAACUCGACGAAGACUUGAUGACCUUCGAAGAGGACGGUCACAGCCUGGCUGGAGGUGAGAGUCCAGAGCAAGACCCGCUUCCUGCCGCGGUUGAGGAUGACAAUAAUUUGGCCGGUGGUUCGAGUCUAGCCGACGUCCUGCUCACUCCUAGCGUCGUGGAAGACGUGAUCUCUCCCGCGGAGGGGCAGCUGAUCGAGCUAUCCUAG